UGGUCUGAGCACAGUCCUGUGCCCUGACCCUCCUGGGGCCUCUUGAUUGCAGGAGAGCCGGAUCUAUGCGGUAGCCACUUCAGGCAUGCGGCUCUCUGACGCAUCUCCCAGAAGUAAUGCUGGCUGCGGUGCUUCAAGCCCUCCUGCCCUUGGGUCCUCUGGGCCUUUCUCUGGCCUUGUCUACAAGAAUGUCACCGUGCCUGUCUACACAGCACUGAAGGGGAGAGCCACGCAGAUCAGCACUGUACCCUUUGUGGAUGAGUCUUCUGGGUCUGACGAUGAUUGCAGCUCUCAGGCCAGUUUCCGAACUUCCAUUCCCUGCUCUGAGUCCAGGAAGACCAGCGGACUAGGCAGCCCCCGGGCCAUCAAGAGAGGUGUCUCCAUGUCCUCACUGAGCUCCGAGGGUGACUACGCCAUCCCCCCGGACGCCUGCUCGCUGGACAGUGACUACUCAGAGCCUGAGCACAAGCUGCAGCGCACCUCAGCCUAUUCCACUGAUGGGCUGGGCCCAGGCGGGGAGUCACUGGAGAAGUCGGGUUACCUGCUGAAAAUGGGGAGCCAGGUGAAGACAUGGAAGAGGCGCUGGUUUGUCCUGAGACAGGGACAAAUUAUGUACUACAAGUCCCCGAGUGAUGUCAUACGGAAACCUCAAGGUCAAGUGGAUCUGAACUCCCAUUGCCAAAUUGUCCGAGGGGAAGGUGCACAGACAUUCCAGCUUAUCUCUGAGAAGAAAACCUACUACUUGACGGCUGACUCGCCCAGCCUCCUGGAGGAGUGGAUCCGAGCACUACAGAGCCUGCUGAAGGUGCAGGCCACUGGGCCUCCAGCCCUGCCUCGGGGUGGCACCAAGCCCACUGUGAAGGGCUGGCUGACCAAGGUAAAGCACGGCCACUCCAAACUGGUUUGGUGUGCUCUGGUUGGGAAAACUUUUUACUACUAUCGGAGCCAUGAAGACAAGCGACCCCUAGGCCGCCUGCCUGUGCAGGAUGCACACAUAGAGGAAGUAGAUCGAUCCUGUGACUCGGAUGAGGACUAUGAGGCUGGAGGAACAGGACGAUUGCUCUCCUCCCACUGCACGCUGGUGAUCCACCCCCCAGAGCACAGCCCUACCUACCUCCUCAUUGGCACCAAGCAUGAAAAGGAUACGUGGCUUUACCACCUCACAGUGGCUGCAGGUGGCAGCAGUGCCAAGGUGGGCACUGCCUAUGAGCAGCUCAUUGGAAAACUGAUGGAUGGUGAGGGAGACCCAGAUUCCCCGCUCUGGAGGCACCCCAUGCUGUGCUACAGCAAAGACGGGCUGUACACCUCCCUCACCACCCUGCCCUCCGAGGCCCUGCAGACAGAGGCUGUCAAGCUCUUCAAGUCCUGCCAGCUAUUCAUCAACGUGCCAGUGGAAGCUGCCUCGGUGGACUACCAUGUGUCCCUGGCCCAGACAGCACUACAGGUCUGCCUGGUUCACCCCGAGCUGCAGAGUGAGAUCUACUGCCAACUCAUGAAGCAAACCAGCUGCCGCCCACCUCAAAAGUACUCCCUCAUUCAGUGCUGGCAGCUCCUGGCUCUGUGUGCCCCACUCUUCCUGCCUCAGCAUCACUUCCUCUGGUAUGUCAAACAGCAGCUCCAACGUCAUGCAGAUCCCAGAAGUGCAACUGGCCAGUAUGCCACCUACUGCCAGCGGGCAGUGGAGCGGACCCUGCAGGCUGGGGAGAGGGAAGCAAGGCCGUCCCGCAUGGAAGUGGUGUCUGUCUUGCUGCGUAACCCCUUCCACCACUCCCUGCCCUUCAGCAUCCCUGUGCAUUUCACCAACGGGACUUACCAGGUGGUUGGAUUUGAUGGCUCCUCCACAGUUGGUGAGUUCCUCCAGCGGCUGAACCAGGAGACAGGCAUGAGGAAGUCAGCUCACUCUGGCUUUGCCCUCUUCACGGAUGAUCCUUCUGGCAGGGACCUGGAACACUGCCUGCAGGGGAGCGUCAAGAUCUGCGAUGCCAUUUCCAAGUGGGAACAAGCCCUGAAGGAGCUGCACCCCGGAAAGUCUGAGGGAGGGACACGUGUCGUGAAGCUGAUGUACAAGAACAGGCUGUACUUUCGGAGUCAAGUCAAAGGGGAGACGGAGAGAGAACGGCUGCUCCUCGCCUCCCAAACUAGUGAAGAAAUAGUGGCAGGGAGGUUUCCUGUCAACAAGGAACUGGCUCUUGAGAUGGCUGCUCUGAUGGCUCAGGUAGAAUACGGGGACUUGGAGAAGCCUAUCCUGCCAGGCCCUGGGGGCACACCCCCUGCCAAGGCCCAGCAUCUCCUCCAGCAGGUCCUAGACAGGUUCUACCCAAGGCGCUACAGACACGGGGCGCCCCCAGAACAGCUGAGGCACCUGGCAGAUAUGCUGACCACAAAGUGGGCAGCACUACAAGGCUGCUCCCCUCCCGAGUGCAUCCGCAUCUACCUGACUGUAGCCCGGAAAUGGCCUUUCUUUGGUGCUAAGCUCUUUGCUGCUCAGCCUGCCCAGCUGUCUUCCAAGGAGAACACUCUGGUGUGGAUUGCUGUGAAUGAGGAUGGCAUCAGCAUCCUGGACCACAACACCAUGCAAGUGCACGUCAUUUACCCCUACUCUUCAUUGAUGACCUUUGGUGGCUGCAGGGAUGACUUCAUGCUUGUGAUUAGAUCCAUUCCAGACCAGAGCUCUGGAAAAGGCCACAUUGAGAAGUUGAUCUUCCGGAUGGCUGUUCCCAAGAUUGCAGAAGCCACCUUCCUCAUGGCCAGCUACAUGAACUAUUGCUCAGCAGCUGUGAAUCCACCCACUCACCCACCAGCAGCCCACCAGCCAUGGGAACUGGACGGACGGCAGCUCUUUGCUUCGGUUCCCUGUGCUACCAAAAGGCCAACAUUGCUGUGAAUAUUUCUUCUACCCCUUUCCCCACCACCACUGGUGUCUCUGGGAUUAGAGAUACAUAUCCUGGGGUAUGAUACUACUGUGAUGGGUCUAACAGCCCCCACCCCGACCCCAUUUGUUCUGUGAAAUGUGUAUUUCAGUGUCUGACUUUACACUCUAGGUGCCUUACAAUAUUUCAGGGUCCAACUUUUAAAAAUCCAGACUCAGUGUAAAAACCACUUACUCUUUUUUCACAAGACACUGACUCUAGAUGCUACCUGAUUCUAGACAUAGACAGGGAUGGUCCUAUAACUGAGGGCAUCAGUGCUGUAAGUGGGGGCUUUCUGCACUGAUACUCUCAGAGAAGUAAAUAUUUUUUAUAUUCUAUAUGGUCCUUAUGUGAGGAUUAAUACUUGAAGUUUUCUGAGCAUCCCUGAACAGGACUAAAAUUUCCAAUUCACCUGAACUCUGAAAAAGCCUAGAACUCAUUAAAACUGGACUUCCUUUCCCAAGUGGGAAAGGUGUUGGCAGAGCUGGAGAAAAAGAAAUAGACUCACUGUUCCCCUUUAUUGGUGAACAGACAUUUGUGGUGCCACUUCGGAGGCAGCAGCUCCUAUCUUUGCAGGACAGCACGCUAUCCCUGCUAAGUUUCAAGCUCUUUUCUCUCACACUGGACUGGAAGCCAAACCCAGUACCACACACUGUCCAAGCAAGGGCAGAGGCGGGGGGCAGGUCCAAUCUGACCUCUCCCUGUCUCAUUUUAACAACUGGACAGGGCUCAGUGAAGGCUGUGCUCACUACUGUAGGACGAGGUGGUCGUCGUUUGUUUCCCCACUCUUUGAAAGACCAAGCAAAUGCACCCUGCUUUUUGUUGCUCUUUGAGGCCACCAAAGAUGAGUCAGGAACACAGAAGACCCCCCAGGCUCAUGGGCCUGGAAGUGCUUGAGACAUCUGGUGAACUUCCACUGGGAAUGAGUUGGAGGGCAGAAGGCACGAAUAUGAAAUUUGCCUUAGCCUAAGAGCAGAAAGGUUCUUUUGCCUUUUGCCUUCCUGAUAACACCAUGAUCCUGUUCAACCCAGACCUUCUAGUUGAGUGCAGAGGAGAUGAUCUUUGUCUAUACCCUCCUCUAACCGAAAAAAAAAAAAAAAAAAAAAAAUGAAAGAGUUCAUACUCUGACUUUCCAACAUCUGAGAGACUGAGUUUUAUUUCAUAACUCUAAGGCAGCCUUACCAUUUGUCUUAAAGUUCUGAAACCUGUAUGGGUUUAACAGUAGCAUCCAAGAACCAAGCCUUUAACCCCAACAAUGUGUGUGUUGGGGGAUGGGGGCACACACAGCAAAAACUGCAAGGCUGGUUCUAGUUUAUCUGAACACCUCAGCUGCUAUAAGUUUCCCCUUUUACCCUUUAAACUGACAAGCAGGACUAAAAAGAAGCACAUCAGAAUUUCUGCCUUUUUAAAUUGAACUUGAGUUUGCAAGGUAGGCAGUUUUACAGCCAUUUCUAUUCCCGCCUUUCACCCCAGGAUUUGGGGACCUAGCUGAGACAUUACUACCUCGAACAAGUCACAUGUCACAUGUACCAUACUCCUGGAUAAGCCCUCCAGGGCUGAUGUAAAACCAGAGCUCUCAUCAGUGUCUCUAAGGCCAAUAAGGAUAAUAUUAUCUAGCCAGAGAUAUCAAAAAUAUUAGUGUUUGAAAGAGAGUAAGCAAGAGUGGAGCUGUGUUCAUCCUGGAUUUGGGGUUUAAACUGUUUCCUCCACCUUCUCUCCUUCCUAAUCCUCCAGGAAUUCUCCCUUAGUUUAUUAAUUUUAUACAGAAAAAAAUGCCUUAGAAACAAAGGCUUCUAUAAUUUGCUUAUUUACCUUCUUUAACAUGAGAGUCCCAUGUCUGGAAACCAAAGUCAAAUUUCUGGCAUUUUGUCUCAUCCCUCUUGGUAAGAGCAGCUUUUGAAAUGACAGAAAAUGCUGAGUAACAUAAAAGUAUUGUGUUUGAUACCCAUGACUGAAAUGCCAUGAUCGUGUUUGUCAAUAAAAAACAGCUGUCUGUGAA